CAAGAGAAAACUGUUUAGUCGUCUAUUUAUACUAGUGUUUCUCGUUUCUUUGUUCCAUUGUACUCUAACUUCAUAAGCUUCAAACGACUCCUUACUUGAUAUCUUGGUCAUUCAUCUUGCCUAAGUCUCUAUUAUUACUUGAGAACCAGCUCAAAGCUCUAUAUCGCGCCUUGUCUACCUCAUUCAUACUGUAUCCUGCGCAGCGAGCUUUGCUACCCUCACCAAGCAUAAUUUGCUGAAAUCUUUAUUCAAAAUGAAACAAGACACCAUCCUGCCGAUCCAUGGGCCUAUUCCCAAUGCUCGUCCUGUCCGGCGCCCAGCUGGACGUAUCCUCAUAGUUGCUCUCUAUGCCACCACCUUAGUCUUGUCUUUCCUUAAGGGCGAAACCAUUUUGUCAGCAAUCACAGAAAAAGUCAACAGCUGUGAACGUCGAGCUCACGGAGCAACAAAUACCGCUACACCUCGGAUCCGAGACGUCAAUCUCCUGCAGGAAGACACGGUUAUCUCUACAGAUGGGCGCUCUGGGUACAACCGCCGGGAUGAGAGCACCGCUAUUACCACAGAUGGACGCUCCGGUUACAACCGUCGUGAUGACACUGUUAUUACUAUGGACGGUCGCUCUGGCUACAACCGUCGUAACGAAGAGGCGACUGUUAGUACCGAUGGACGUUCCGGAUAUAAUCGCCGCAGCGAAGACUCAGUCGUGACCACAGACGGUAGAUCCGGAUACAACAAGCGCGAAGAAGAGACGGCUAUCACGACCGAUGGUCGCUCUGGGUAUAACCGACGCAACGGCAAGGGGACGUCAGAUGUUACCACGGAUGGUCGUUCUGGAUACAACCGCCGCGAACAAAACACGGCUAUAACUACGGACGGACGAUCUGGGUACAACCGUCGCGAACAGACUACUGAUGCCACUACCGACGGACGGACCGGAUACAACAGACGUGGAGAGGAGCUGACUUCUACUACUGAUGGGCGUUCUGGAUAUAAUAAGCGUGAGGAAGUCUCUGCUAUUACAACCGAUGGACGGUCGGGCUACAACAAGCGAGAGGAAGAGGACGGCCGCUCUGGUUAUAACGGAGUGGAAGACGGAGCUUCCGGAAUCACCCGUCGCGAGGAAGUCGCCGACGCAUCCACUGAUGGGCGUUCUGGAUAUAACAAGCGCGAGGACACCUCUGCUGUUGGUACCGAUGGGCGCUCAGGUUACAACAAGCGCGGUGAGGAGGCCUCUGACAUCAAUACCGACGGUCGUUCUGGCUACAAUCGUGGAAUUUGAAUUUGGGGGAAAUGGCAUACCGCAACGCGCGAUAUGCCCAAAUUAGAUACAACGAGCUCAGGCUCCAGCAUCAACUUUCACUAGCUGCUUAGACUUAGACUGGUAGCAGACUUUACAUACUUUACUUAAUUUCAUAACAAUAAUUUCUCUGUUCGACUCCUUGCGUAAUACACUGUUUAUCUUUGAACGAUACAACUGUCUGCUCACGCUCAUUCGUCUGGGUGACCUCAUGACUUGUAAGCCACAGCCCCGGACGCUGCACACCGUUGAGAAGGUCCUGAAAUAGAUCACCUGGACUUGUGGUGUAACACGGCCGGACUCCCCCAUCUGCUAUGCCUGAGUACUUGGAAUACUGUCGAAA